CAACUGCACCAGGCGGCACUGCCGGUGCUGCCGUGGGACCUGUGCCGGCGAGCUUAUCCGUGGGCCGCAGCUCUACGCCGCUGGCUGCUGUGCGCAGGCCUCUGGAAAGGCGGCCGGGGUCCCUGUCAUGGUGACUCGGGAGGGCCGCUGCAGUGUCAACGUAGCGAUGGCCGCUGGCAGCUGUCAGGCCUUGUGUCCUGGGGCGCAGGCUGCGGUCGUCCUGGCCGACCAGCCGUGUUCGUGCGCGUGGCCGCGUACCGCCGUUGGAUACGAGACACAACCAAGCGCCUGCAGCACCGAAACCAAGCCGCGCCACGUGACAGAGACCAUCGGCCGCAAGAUGCAGUGCGUGACGACACGACGGCGGGCCGUCCGCUUUUCUCGGUGUUAUCGUUUCACACUUUCAUGCCGUGACGACCGCCAUGUGUUGAUGAGUUUGUGAGCCGUCAGUGGCGCUCGCACCCCGCGCCGAUCGCAGCCUGCGCCGCAAAUGCGUUCUUCCAGCUCAGAUGUUGUUUGGGUCCGAAACCAGUUUCAAUAAAGACGGCGUCGGAAAGAUCGUUCCAGGUAUUGCGCCAUCAUACGAAGUAGUCCAAGCGGUAAAUUAUUCAGUCUGAGUUUGGCUCAGACUGCUGCACUUCAUAUGUUGCUGUUGUUCCUGGCUUUCCUGCAGGCUAAAAAGAAAAGGAGUAAGAAGUGAUCUCAUAUUUCUGGCUACUCCUACAUCCUUAUUUUUUAUUGCAUGUUCACUGCUGUAAAAAUGUUUCAAGGUUGCGGCAUUCCAAUACAUAAUUAUUAAUGAGUAUUACGAGUUUUAUUAACCUGAACAGGCGCGCACAGAAACCUGGAAGUUAAUGGGAGUACAUGUGUGC